UUGCAAAGGCAUUUGCAUGAAGAUAUACUUGAUCAAGUUCCUCCAUUGAUAGAACUUAAGAGAUGGCUAUCUUAUUUAAAUAUGUCACCGUCGAUGCCAGCCUCAAAUUCGACCUGUCCGAUUCAUAUCGAAGUUAUACCACAGAUAAAGUCGAGUAUUUUGGAAAAAUAUCAUAAAAAGUGGAAGAAACUAGCUCAACAUCAGUCCAAGUACUUAUUUACAACAGAUGCAAGUUUUAUUAAGGACGCUGCACAAAUUCUGAGCGAUGUCUACAAUUUGGAGAAGUUAGAUCGCAUAGAAGCGAAAAAGUGUUUGGUAUGUCAAGAGUUGUCUAAAAAACGAUGCUCCAGAUGCAAAGAUGCUUGGUAUUGCAGCAGAGAGUGUCAGGUGAAAGAUUGGGAAAAUCAUAAGAACAUUUGCGAUACGUUAACAAAAACUAAACAGUGAUAACAGAUGCUUAAAUUAAGAAUAUUAAUAUGAGUAAGAAUACAAAUAUAAUUCAUCAAUGUAAUAUAUAUCUUCCUAUCUUUCAUCUUUUGUCUCUUUUAAGUUACAAUAAAAUAUACAUGGACACAAAAAUUGCAACGCUUUCUACAAUAAGGAUAUUUUGUUGCAAAUUUUCAAAAUUUAUUGGAAAAAGAGGAAUUGCGAUUUUUAUAUCCAUAUAUAUACUUUUACGAAAAUUCUAAGAGAUUCAGGAACAAAUAUAGCAUAUUUUGUAAUUAUGUCAAAUAUUUUAUUAAAAGAUGUUAAUGUACA